AAUCUGAAUAUGAACGGAACUUUAGUGAAAAUUUGGCUACCGCCAAUGCACGCGAUAACAUCGUAAAUAUGCAAACAAUUAAAAUGGGACUCUUACUACACCGAGGUUUUGAUUAGUAAGCACUCCAGAUGUAGCCCAUGGCAGUAUUGCGACACGAUGUGACUUUAAAGAUUUGAAGCAUCGGCCUUACAUUCGAGUUGAGUUUCGCGAGGUGAUACAGUAAAGUUCGGCAGAAAGAAAUCUGCAGUGAAUAUUAGUUAAUUGAAUUAUUGACACAUGAUUACGGACAUAUCUCAGAAAAAGGUUAAAAUGCAUUUAACAUUAAUGACGGUGGCUCUUUGCAUAUCUUAUUCCUAUGCAGACAAUAACAGUACUGUUGUUACAAGUAUCAAGCCGCCCACAAAUAUGAAAGAACAGCCAAUUGGUUGCAUCUGUGCUGUAUUCUUAAGCGGACAAUUCAAGAGAGGCAGCAAGGAGCAACCUAAAGGAUAUCCCGCGCUCGUCCAUGAACAUCCUGAUUCAGUUUCAUGUAAUGCCGUUGGGAACAAACUUUGCGUCAACAAAUGUCUCGAUGUCAUAGUGAAACAUUUACCGAAGAGCUCGUCAAUUCUCUGUGCUUCUAUAGAUCGCGAUUGUCACAAAGAAAGAGCUUAUCUCUUCAUCAAGAAUUGCAAAGACGAGUGGAUAAACACGAAUCUGUCCGCCGGUAGAGAAUAUUGCUGUAAAGAUGGCACACCGUAUAAAUGUUGAUUAACGUACACUUGAUAGGAUAGCAUUUUUGUAUUAUGACUGUAGUUUGUAACUUUGGCAAUUCAAACGAUUUUUAAUAAACGCGUCGACUCAA